AUGACAACUCCAAGCCGUCGUCGAUUGAUGAGAGAUUUUAAGAAACUCCAAGAGGAUCCACCAGCUGGAGUUUCCGGUGCUCCGACGGAAGACAACAUUUUAGCCUGGGAGGCUAUUAUUUUCGGACCCCAAGAAACACCAUUUGAGGAUGGUACCUUUAAGCUCUCUUUGGAGUUCACAGAAGAAUAUCCAAAUAAGCCACCAACAGUCAAAUUUAUAUCGAAAAUGUUCCACCCAAACGUCUAUGCCGACGGGUCAAUUUGCCUUGAUAUUUUGCAGAAUCGUUGGUCCCCGACCUACGAUGUAGCCGCAAUUUUGACGUCAAUUCAAUCAUUGCUUGACGAGCCGAAUCCAAAUUCGCCAGCCAAUUCACUCGCAGCUCAGCUCUAUCAGGAGAACCGUCGAGAAUAUGAAAAAAGAGUUCAACAGAUUGUUGAACAGUCGUGGCUAAACUUUGGCGAGAACGAAGGAGACUGCGAGUUAAAGGACGAAGCGGCCGCUGAUAUGCCGGCAGUGAUCACCGAGCCAACGGAAGAAGCUCCAUCGGCUAGCGGAUCGACUGCAUAA